AUGGUGCAAUAUGUCGCGGGACAACUCACCGACAAUGCACUAGCAUGGUGGGAUCGUGAAGUAGCGGAAAGGAGGAGAGCACGAUACGAACCAAUUUCUACAUGGCGUGAGAUGAAAUUUAUGAUGAGAAAAAUGUAUGUUCCACCUCAUUUUCAUCGAGAGUUACAGAAGAAAUAUCGUACUCUAUUGCAAGGAUCUAGGUCAGUUGAAGAUUACUUCGAAGAAUUUGAAUAUCUUCGGAACCGAUUGGAAUUGGACGAAAGCGAGGAAGUAGUGAUGGCACAAUUUGUUAAUGGACUGCAAGAACGAAUUUCUCGCAAGGUAGAAAGAUUAGUUUACGAUGAGUUGCAAGAACUACUUCAUAUGGCAAUACAAAUUGAGCAACAAAUCAACAAGAAGCAAACUCGAGUAAACCAAGCUCGAAUGACCGCACCGAAUCCUACAACACACCGAACCGAGUACAAGGGCGUUUCCACCGAUGUGAAUCGACCAAGUCUGAACGAAAUUCAUGUUAAAUACAAGGGAAAAUUCGUGGCUACUUAUAAGGAGGAUGCAAAGGUAAGUAAAUCGAACACUACUAACCUUCGAACUCGAGAGAUUGUUUGCUACAAGUGUAGGGGACGCGAAAAUUAUGCUAAGGAUUGCCCGAACAAUCGAGUCAUGAUCCUCACAGAUGUGGGAGAGUAUGAGUCAAUGGAUGAGGAUGAAGUGGAGAGAGUAGAAGGAGAGAUCGAAUACCCGGAUAGUGGUGAGUUAUUGGUCACGAGACGCGUUUUAAGCGCCAUGACAAAUCCGGAAGAAACCGCACAACGAGAGACCAUAUUCCACAGUCGUUGUACCGUGAGGAACAAGGGAUUAAGCGUGGACGAAGAAAAGAUCAAAGCUAUCCGAGAGUGGCCCACACCGACUACCGUUGGCCAUGUUCGAAGUUUCUAUGGCUUAGCAAGUUUUUAUCGUCAUUUUGUGGGAGAUUUCAGCAGCCUUGCUGCACCCUUCACUUCUAUCAUAAAAAAGGACAAGUCGUUUGAAUGGGGAGAAGCACAAGAAAGGGCAUUCAACACCUUGAAGGAUAAGCUCACGAGUGCACCCGUCCUAAUCCUCCCAGACUUUGAAAAAGUAUUCGAACUUGAGUGUGAUGCAUCUGGAAUUGGCAUAGGGGCUGUGCUUAUGCAAGAGAAGCGUCCCGUGGCGUUCUUUAGUGAGAAACAGAAUGGAGCCACCCUUAAUUAUCCGACCUAUGACAAGGAAUUAUACUCAUUGGUUCGAGCGCUCCAAACAUGGCAACACUAUUUGUUGGCCCGUGAAUUCAUCAUCCAUACCGACCACAAGACAUUGAAACAUCUCAAGGGUCAAUCAACACUCAAUAGGAGGCAUGCUAAAUGGCUAGAAUACAUCGAGACGUUUCCGUACGUGAUUAAAUACAAGAAGGACAAAGACAAUGUGGUGGCCGAUGCAUUGUUAAGGCGACAUGCCUUGAUUUCGAUCAUGGAGGCAAAAAUGCUCGGCUUUGAGCUCAUUAAGGAGUUGUACCGUGAUGAUUCAGAGAUUGGGGAUAUCUAUAAGGAGUGCACUAAGGGAUCUCACAAACAAUUCUACAAGGAGGACGAUUAUCUCUUUCGGGAAUGA